CUGCCAAAAGAGUAGAGGACUUUAAUUGGUCGAUGUAACUAGAAUUACCGCUAUAUUGCUUUGUUCAAUAAAAACAAAUAAAAAAGUACAUAAAAGUGACAGUGUGGAACGCUAAGCAAUUUCGUGUUUGUGUUGUGUAGUACGAUCGAAGUUUAAGUAGCGUUUGGCUAUUAAAUGUGUCUCUGUAAUCUGUGUUUUGUUGGCGUGAGGGAGGGCGGCAGAUGCGAGGCACCCGAGGUUCGGAGGGCGGGCGGCAGUCCCGCGUCAGGCGCCGUAUCGCCCGGUCCGACCGCCCAGCUAACUAGGCCCGCCCGCCCUUUGCGUGUAUCCCUCCUAUCACUACCUUCUCAGACCCGAUUAUCCUGUAUAUUCCUCUUGUAAUUAUUGCAGAAAUUUGCAAGAAAGCUUUCUUUCAAUUUUUUCUUACUGAUAAUGUGUUAAUGAAGUACAAUAAUUGUUAAGGUGAUUUUUUGUGGGAACAGAAAACCGGCGCGACCCAAUGCGCAAUUCUCACAAACGAGAUCAAAAAAAUUGGGGCGCAAAAUAUUAUAGUUCUAUGUAGUAAUAAUUUUAUGUACAUAAAUAUAAUAAUUAGAAUUCAUAUGUACGAGUAAGGUAUUUUAUUACUUUAAGGACCUAAUCGAAACAGCAACCCCAUUAACGUUCCAUUGAGUCUUCUAGUGAUCAGACUAAAUCGUUUGAGUGAAUUAGAGAUAUAUAUAUCUGUACUGUCGUUAAUAGAACGUGUGAUGUGUUGAGUGGGUGUGGGUAUCUAGUGAAGUGCCUAGUGUGGUGGUGUGGUGGCGGUUCGGUAGCAAGCGCAUGCAGGGGCGCGCGGGCGCUGGCCCGGGCGGGCACCGCUCAAACCCGCGCGCCCUCCCUCCACCUGUGUUACCACCACCGCCACAAUUUGCAACGGAACCAGACGAAAUGCCUGCCAACCAGAUAGCCCAGGUGAUUGCACUGAUAUGCGGGUUGUUGGUUGUGAUCCUUAUGGUGCUGGGGCUGGCCUCAGCGGACUGGCUGAUGGCCGCCGGAUGGCGACAGGGGCUCUUCAUGCACUGCAUAGAUCCUGAAGCGCCCACGCCUCUACCCUUUGAUAUUACCGCGCAGCCUGGCUGCUAUGCUGCGAGACCAGCGCCUUAUAUUAAGGCCGCGGCGGGAUUGUGCGUGGCGACGCUGGCGGCGGACGUGUGCGGCGCGCUGUUGACCGGACUUGGGCUCCGUGCUGCUGACCACCGCACCAAAUUUCGGUAUUACCGGUUUGCGGUGCUCGCCAUGGCGCUUGCUUUGAUGUGCAUUUUAAUAGCACUAGUUAUCUACCCUGUGUGUUUUGCCGCGGAGCUAAAUUUGGGCAACCGGUCAGUUUGGGAGUUCGGGUGGGCGUACGGUGUCGGGUGGGGCGCCGCCAUCUUCCUCUUCGGCGCCGUCGUGCUUCUACUCUGCGACAAGGAGAGCGAGGAGCUCUACUACAAGGAACGGAAAGUGGUGCAGGCGGAGGGCGGCGGGCGCCCCUAGGGCCGCGGGCGCCUGCCCGACCUGGUGCCGUGAGCGCGCCGCUGAACGCGCCGCCCCGCGCCCCACGCCCCCCCCUCGAUCCGCACCACACGCGCCCCACGCGCCCCACGCGGCCCCUCCGGUCGACCGCGUUCCCGUCUUCUACGUCUAGCGAACUCAUGCCGAUCCUGGCUCUUUCGUUGUGACAAGUUUGUAGUCGGUUUUCGGUACUAAGCUCGGCUAAUUGUACCGAGGUAGCGAAUCCCUCGCGAUUUCGCGUCCGGUCCAAUAGCAUCAGUACGAAAGAGUAGUCUAGAUUCCACGGUCGAUUAUAUACGCUAGACUCGACGUCGGCUAUAGUACCGGGACCGGUUUAGAUGUAGAAAUACGGAGCGCUAUCGUUUUGAAAUCGAAAAUUUGAACAUAUUAACGUUGCAUUGCUUUCCUACAAAUGCUACUUGUGUUGAUCGAUUUUAACGAUAAGGUUGUGAUCGAAAGGUACCGAAUGAGAUCCUACUUGCACAGAUAGCGUAAACAUUCAGUACUUUAUGCCGUUUAUUGAAUUUAAGUUAUUAUAACCGGUUGAUUGGUUUCAUUUACAUGAGUAAGUUUGUGGGAAUCUUGUUGCCAUUUUGAGACUGACAAAUUAUUUCUUUAUUAGCAAUUAUAUAUUGCUAUGACCAAAAUUAAAUUAGACGGGCGCAGGAAAAUAUAUAAUGUGGUGUUAUAAAAAAGUGUAAAAUUAUUUUUGUAAAUUAUAUGGAUGAAUUACUAUUAAUGCUUAUGUUGGGGCCAAACAUUUUGUUAUCGAACGCUUUAAUUUUAAGUUUAUUAUAAGUUAUCGUUUCGUGUGUAAGCGCGCGCGCUUCGCUCCCGCGAUGGGCGGAACACGUUCUGUUACUCGUUCGUACUAUCGUACCUCGAACGUAAUCCGUUCCAAAGAGCGUUACUUUAAUUUAUUCGCUUUUAUUUAUUCUCGCUGUAAGUAUCGGAGCUAAAACUCCGGAGGCAUCUGUUGCACAAUCCGUGGCGUUUGGUGUGUGCGUGUGGUGUGGUGUGGUGUGGUGUGGCGCGUGACGUGUUGCGUGUUGCGCACGGCGUGUUGCGUGUGGCGCAUGGCGUGUCGCGUGUGGCGCACGGCGUGUUGCGUGUGGCGCGUGUCGCGCGGCUACUCGGGCAGGCGACUGGCGAGAUUCGGACUCCUUCCGCUCGCUCGAACCUCUCUGUAUCACUUACUGACUUGUGUUUUGUAAUAAACUUGUGUAGUGUUUGUGCGCGACUAGUGCUAUGUGGUACGACGUGGAUGCGCUCGUGUGCUCGUAGCGGCUUGCUACCAGUUACAGUCCCGUCGUAUCGUUGGCUCUUUGCAUACUAUGGAAUGCGAUCAUGAGAUUAAAGGCUAUGCCUAUUGACGUAUAUAAAGGAAUUAAAUGUAUGUUUUUAUUAAAAGUUACCUUUUAGUGCGAUACACUCGCGUUUGUGUAAAAUCUAUUUUAUUAAUAUUUAUACAUCAUAAUAUUAUGAUUGUCUAUGUGUACAUGGAAAUAAAUUACGAUUCCAAUUGAAAAAUUAUUUUGUAUUUUUACGGUGAUAUUAUAGAAUCUCAUUCCAAUUAGUUGAAAGUUAUACUUGCAGAAAAUAAAUGUGAAUAAUUUACUACUGUAAAUCUUUUUUGGAAUUGACUGUCAUUUAAAUUAACUCAAUAUUUUCUUAAUAUUUAUGUAAAAGUAAAAGAAGAAAGCGAUGAAUUAUCAUAAAGUGUUAUAAUUAUUACAGUGGUAAUGUUUAUUAUAAGUGUAAUCUUAAUGUUACAAUUAUCAUUAUAAAGAUAAUUUAAGAGCAAUGUUAGAAUGAUAUCCGAUGUCUUCAGUUAAUGAUUGUACAAUUAAAGGAAGAAAUAGAUUAAAUUUUAUCUCACUAUUCGUAAGUAACCACCUUUAUAAUCUCUUGGUUAUGGCUUUAAUUUCGUAUAAUAAUAUAAAACAAAUGUUUGUGAUAGUUUGGUGGCUAUAUGCAGGUCUGGUAACUCACAACGCAACGGCCUCUUAUAUUUAUUGAUAAGCAAUUUAUUUUAAUAAAGACUUAAUUUGAAACUUAUAAAAUUGCAAAUCUCAUAGAUAUUAAAUUUCUCCUAAUAAGCAUGUUGGAAUUUUGUCAAUUUAGUGUUUUCUAACAAUUAUUAGUCAUUAGUCAAGCAUUAUGGUCAUCUUAUUUAUUGUAUGAUUAAGUACAAGGCCAACUAGGUUUAGUUAUAUUUAUAAUUGUAUGAAUAUUUUUUUUAACAUAUGCAACUAAUUAGCUAUGUUUCAAUUACAGCAUUCACAUUUAAAGAUGCAUGCAGGUUUCAAAAAGCAUGUACACAAACCAUAGGAAUUACCUAUCCAUUAACUGAAUCCAAUAACAGAACUCACAUUUGGUUUUCCCAUUCAGUUAAGAACAAAAUAAUCAGAUGUAAAUAUGAUUAGAUCAUCAUUUUAUUAUAUUGCUUUAGUAGACCAUAACAUUAUAAGAACAUAAUUUUAUCUCAAUUUAGAGAUUAUUUAUUUUUUAUAUUAAAUCAUUGGAAGUUCCUCUAUAAUAAAUUAUUUAUAACUAUUAUUUUUUAAUGCGACACCUACAUAAUUAACACACUUAUAUAAUUAAUAUUAAGCAUUCUAUUUGACGAUAAUGAUCUGAUGUUUCAUCUCUAAAUGUGAAAUGUCUAUUUGUAACUAAUUACACUGCCAUGUAACUAACAUACCCAUUAAUUUCGUUGUAAGUCAUCAUUUGUUAUACCGAUGUUGUAUUAUAUGUAUUUAUUAUAAGUGUACACUAUAGAAAUGGUAUCCCUUGUAAUUAACGAGUGACAUUAGCUACUUGUUUUUAUGCACCUUCACGAUUCGUACUCGAGCAAUUCAAUGGCGUCUAGUCAAUUAUUUCAUGUGUCAUUUACAGAGAUGAUAAAAGAUAUUCUUGCUUAUAUGUGUGAAAGUGAGUUUGUUACUUUAUAGCGUCUUAAUCAAUUACUAUAAAAUUUGAUGUAUUAUAUGGCUUCCUUUUUAUUUCUACCAGUGAACAUAUCCUAAGGGCUUACCAUGAAGUAUAAAAUAUAUAAAAUUACAUAAUACAUGCUAUUUAAAACUAUUAAAUAUGUUAAAAUAUCGUUCCUUUGGACUAUUAGGAUUUAUAAUGAACAAAAUGUUAAGCUCCAUUUACUGAGUCGAUUUUGAUACGAACAAAAACACGAAAUUGAACUCGAAAUUUCGGAAUUUCAUUUCAUGGUAGAACCUAGUUAACCGGACGAAGUUGCAGCUACAAGCUAGUGUUUUAUACAGAGUUCAAAAGGUUUUUUUUUAAUAUUUGAUAGUUGAGAUCGAUUACUUUUUUUUAAUAUACUCUCGUGUAGAUUCCGUAAUUGUAAUUUUGCAAAAUAUAAGUCAUAUAUUUUAUAAAACAAGAUACUCCCGAUUUCCUAAAUCUAUUAGGAUUAGGUUUUGAGAUAAGCUCUAAGAACGCUUAUAAAUUGUGUGUGGCAGUGAUAAAUUGUAUUAUUCCAUGUUGAAAGCAAUGUUGUUUCAAAUUGAGUGUGUGAGUCCGAAUUUGUGACUCAAAGUGUUUUAUGAGAAUGGAUUUAUUUGUUACGACACUACUAAUGAUUUUGUACGAUUAUUGUCUGUAAUAGUAAACAACAUUCUAAAUAGGUCUGUUAACAUAUUUUUUAAACUGACAUUUAUAAAUAAAUAUUUUUUAAUCAUUUUCAUAGAAACUAUGUUUCCUGUACCAAGUGUACUAUUUUCAUAUCUAAGUUCUAAUAAAUAAACAUAAUUUAGGUUUACAUUACGUAUAAAUCGCUUUGAUAUUGCUCGAGUACACCUAUAAAAUGUCCAUUUUAGCCAAAUUAUGAGUCAUAUCAAUGAGAUUGAAUAAAGUACCUAGUGAAAAA